GGAGCGCGGUGGGACGCGGCGGCUCCUGGGAGCUGUAGUCCGUGCCCCGCCGCCGCCUCCCGCCCGGCCCGGCCCGGCACUACGGGCCCCACACGGCCCCGCGGCCGGCGCAUGAGCCGUCGGCCGCCUUAGCGCAUCUAUUCUGCUGCCUUGCCGAGGAUAAAAAGAAGAGCAACUGGAGGGACUAUAAGGCAAACGUUGCUGGAGCUGCCGGGGCAAAGUUGCAUGGUUGGACCCUGGAAAUGGGAUGUCAGUCCCAUUCGGGGAGCAUAAAGGAAGAAGGAGAAUCUCCCAGUUGCUGCUGCUGUGACAGCGAGUGAGAGCACGAGCAGGAAAAUGUCGGCAGUCACUUCAGCAAUUCAGGCUCCUCAGGGCCCUGUGAAUCCACCACCUCCAGAGGUCACUAAUCCUAAUAAGCCUGGCCGGAAGACCAACCAACUGCAAUAUAUGCAAAAUGUUGUUGUAAAGACCUUAUGGAAACAUCAGUUUGCUUGGCCUUUCUACCAACCUGUUGAUGCAAUUAAAUUGAAUUUACCGGAUUAUCACAAAAUAAUAAAAAACCCCAUGGACAUGGGGACUAUCAAGAAACGCCUGGAACAUAACUAUUACUGGAGUGCCAGUGAAUGUAUGCAGGAUUUCAACACCAUGUUUACAAAUUGUUAUAUUUAUAACAAGCCCACAGAUGACAUCGUCCUUAUGGCCCAAGCCCUUGAGAAGAUAUUUCUGCAGAAGGUUGCUCAGAUGCCUCAGGAGGAAGUCGAAUUAUUACCCCCAGUUCCUAAAGGCAAAGGUCGUAAACCAUCAGUGGGCACACAGAGUGCAGGAGCACAGCAAGCAGUGGCCGUGUCUUCUGUCUCCCCGCCGGCCCCGUUCCAGAGCGUCCCUCCAGCCGUGUCCCAGACACCGGUCAUCGCUGCCACCCCUGUGCCAACCAUCACUGCUAAUGUCCCACCUGUCACUGCCCCCCCUGCCGCCGCUCCCCCUCCUCCUGCUGCUCCAAUAAUGCCUGUGGUUCCUCCUACGCCGCCGGUAGUCAAGAAAAAGGGAGUGAAGCGGAAAGCAGACACGACCACCCCCACCACCUCUGUGAUCACUGCCAGCAGGAGCGAGUCCCCCACGCCCCUCUCAGACCCCAAACAGGCCAAAAUCAUCGCUCGGCGGGAGAGCGGCGGCCGGCCCAUCAAACCACCAAAGAAAGACCUUGAGGACGGAGAGGUCCCCCAGCACGCAGGAAAGAAGGGCAAACUGUCUGAGCACCUCAAGUACUGUGACAGCAUUCUCAAGGAGAUGCUUUCGAAGAAGCAUGCAGCCUAUGCGUGGCCCUUUUACAAGCCCGUGGAUGCAGAGGCCUUGGAAUUACAUGACUAUCACGAUAUUAUCAAACACCCCAUGGAUCUCAGUACUGUUAAAAAAAAGAUGGACAGUCGGGAAUACCAGGAUGCACAAGGUUUUGCAGCAGAUAUUCGGUUAAUGUUCUCUAAUUGUUACAAGUACAAUCCUCCAGACCACGAAGUGGUAGCCAUGGCCAGGAAGCUCCAGGAUGUCUUUGAGAUGAGGUUUGCAAAGAUGCCCGACGAGCCUGCGGAGGCCCCUCCUCCUCCUCCUCCAACAGCACCAGUUGUGAGCAAAAGCACAGAGAGCAGCCACAGCAGUGAGGAGAGCUCUUCUGACUCAGACAGCUCAGACUCCGAAGAAGAGCGAGCAACUCGGCUGGCAGAGCUCCAGGAGCAGCUAAAGGCAGUCCAUGAGCAGCUAGCUGCGUUGUCACAAGCACCAGUGAACAAACCAAAGAAAAAAAAAGAGAAGAAGGAAAAAGAGAAGAAAAAGAAAGACAAAGAGAAGGAAAAGGAAAAGCACAAAGUAAAAGCUGAGGAGGAGAAGAAGCCUAAGGUGUCUCAACCACCAAAGCAAACCCAGCAGAAGAAAGCCCCAGCUAAAAAGGCAAACAGCACGACCACAGCUAGCAGGCAGCCCAAGAAAGGAGGAAAACAGGCAUCUGCAACCUAUGAUUCGGAUGAGGAGGAGGAAGGCCUGCCCAUGACCUAUGAUGAGAAACGACAGCUCAGCUUGGACAUCAACCGCCUGCCUGGGGAGAAGCUGGGCAGAGUGGUGCACAUCAUCCAGUCACGAGAACCUUCCCUCAGGGACUCCAAUCCUGAUGAGAUAGAAAUAGAUUUUGAAACCUUGAAGCCCACAACUUUGCGAGAACUGGAGAGAUACGUGAAAUCUUGUUUACAGAAAAAACAAAGGAAACCAUUUUCUGCAAGUGGAAAAAAGCAAGCAGCAAAGUCUAAAGAGGAGUUAGCUCAGGAAAAGAAGAAAGAACUAGAAAAACGGCUACAGGAUGUCAGUGGGCAGUUAAACAACAACAAGAAACCUGCAAAGAAAGAGAAAUCUGGCUCUGCUCCCUCUGGGGGCCCUUCACGGCUCAGCAGCAGCAGCUCCUCCGAGUCAGGCAGCAGCAGCUCCAGCGGCUCCAGCUCAGACAGCAGCGAUUCAGAAUGAGCUAAGGACACUUACACAAAACAACACAGAAUGGACAUCACCCUCACCGAUGCUCUGCAGUGUCCCUUUCUCUCCUUAAAGUACUGCUCUUGUUCCACGGUG